CCCAGCCAGCUGCCGAGCUAGCUUCCAUUGGCUCCCCCGGAGAGGGCCGGAAACAACCCGGCCAGGACUGGGCCGCGGCGACGGCGGCGCCUUUCCUGCGGAAGGCUUUGUUCGUGACGACGGCAGGAGGCCGCCCGACGGCCAGCAUGGGCGAGCAGCUGCAGGGCGCCGCGAGGCGGGACAGCCCCGGCUGGGGGAGCAACGAGGUUUUCCUCCUUGACUCACAGUAUGUAGCACCAACUGUUGCCUUUCUGCAAGAACUACCCAGUUACCAGUCUAUGUUGAGGAGGAGAACUUCAACUGGAGGAUUGCGAGACUACCGCAGUUUAGCACGGACAGCUUCUGGCGAGACCAGCAGUCUCCUAGAAAGGGUUGGACCAGGAAGCCCAGGCUCUGCGCAGCCCCUGAGAGAAUAUGCCUUAACUAUUGCAGAGAAGAGAAGAUUAAGGGAAAUUCAGGUGGCUAACAUAAGAUACCUGUCAGGUUGGCAUCAGUGGAGGCAGAUAAGUAGCAAAUCAUGGAAAAAAAUUGUAGAGGAUACCAGAGAACUGUCAUCUUACUUUGAACUUUGGGGACAUGACAUCCGCAGUAUUGAGGGGAAGUUUGGCACUGGGAUCCAGUCUUACUUUUCCUUUCUACGAUUCCUCGUGAUCCUGAACGUUGUGAUCUUUCUCCUUGUGUUCACCUUUAUCACCCUUCCUAGUGCCUUUUACAAACAUGGAACGGUCAAUGGCAGCUACGUUCAACUUCCCCUGAAGAGCAUAGAGCACCACUGCACAGUUUAUGUUGUCAGUGGUACCAAGGGACUUAUUUACUUCUACAGUUACGUUAUAGAUCUGCUGACUGGCACAGGCUUUCUUGAAAUGACUGGUCUCUUUUAUGGCUAUUACACAGUAGACACCAUCUAUUUUGGCCUCCUGAAAUACCAUGCGCCACUUGCCUAUUUGCUGACCACGCUGGCUUACCUUUCAUUAAGCUUUCUCUGGAUCGUGAAAAGAGCCGUUGAUGGAUUCAAACAAAGCUUGGUACGCAACGACGAUCAGUUUCAGAGUUACUGCAACAAAAUAUUUGCUGGCUGGGAUUUCUGUAUUACAGAUGUAAAUGCUGCACGGCUCAAGCAUAGCAGCUUGCACUAUGAGCUUAAAACUGACUUGGAGGAAGAGAGACUAAGGCAGAAGGUAGCAGAAAGGACCACCAGAGAGAAAAUACGCAUCUAUUGCUUGAGAAUAUUCCUAAACUGCAUUGUCCUAGCUGUUUUGUCAGCUUGCUUUUAUUCUAUCUAUAGAGCAACAGUCUACUCACAAGAAAACAUUUCCAGUGACCACAAAAUGAGAUUUGAGGAUAACCUCAUAGUACAGUACUUACCUUCUAUGGUGAUUACGAUGGCCAAUUUUAUUGCCCCAUUAAUUUUUUCAGUUCUCAUCAAAUUUGAAGACUACUCACCAGCCUUUGAAAUCCGGUUAACGCUGAUGAGGUGUGUCUUUGUGAGGCUGGCCAACAUUGGUGUUCUCUUGUUCUCACUGUGGACUCGAAUCAGGUCCUGUACUAAUGCAAAAUGCAUGGCCUGUGGAUACAACUAUCAGCUCUACCCUUGCUGGGAAUCUCGAGUUGGCCAGGAAAUGUAUAAGCUGAUGAUCUUUGACUUCAUCAUAAUAUUUGCUAUUACAGUCUUUAUCGACUUUCCAAGAAAGUUGAUGGUUACCUAUUGCUCAUAUAAGGCCUUCCGGUGGUGUGGUCUGCAGGAGUUUGCCAUCCCUGACAACGUGCUGGAAAUUGUUUACGGGCAAACUAUAUGUUGGAUUGGGACUUUCUAUUGUCCUCUUCUCCCUGCCAUUGCAGCAGUAAAAUAUUUUGUCGUCUUUUACAUUAAAAAGAUUAGUCUGAUGCAUACAUGCAAGCCUUCAACGCGGCCCUUCAGAGCGUCCAGCUCCAACUUUUUCUUCCUGGUGGUGCUCUUGAUUGGCCUCAUUCUAGCUUUCAUUCCGUUGGGACUCAGCAUGACGCACAUUCCUUCCUCAAAAGCGUGUGGGCCUUUUGUGAAUGUUAACCGUUCGUGGGAUGUCAUAGAACAUACAGCGCACCAUUUCCCACCAGUAUUGCAGAAGGUUCUGAACGGCAUUGUGUCGGAAGCAUUUGCAGUGCCUUUCUUUAUGGUUCUCUGCCUUAUUAUGUUUUAUUUCAUUGCCUUGGCUGGAGCACAUAAACGAGUUGUUAAUCAGCUCAGGGAACAAUUAGUUAUGAACCUAUCUUGACAUAUGGUCUCUUCUGGCAUCACCUUCCGAAGUUUCUGAACAAGAAGUUCCAUGCUAGGGUCAGUGUUGUUUUCCUCCUCACUGUUUCUGCUCUAGGAAGAAUAGCACAUGGAGGUAACAUUUCGAUAAUAGGGAGAUAACAAAUAUAUUUCUGUUGGAAAUGUUAGAUUAUCCCUAAUUCAGAUGUCAGGGCAGUUCCUAUAGAGGAGAUCUUCUGGCCCAGGGUUAGGGAGACUUCAGGCUCUCUGGAACUAUUUUGUAUUUUACACAGCCCCCAAGAUCUAACAGCUAGAGCCAGGUGGGUGUAAAUAUGUGCAGCAAAAGGAUAAGAUAAGAUAUAAGAUAUCUUUAUUGUCAUUGUCCCCUUGCGGGAACAACGAAAUUACUCGGUUGCUACAUCCACUCAGAUAAAGCAUUCCGCAUAAUCCAAAAUUACAAAAAGCUAAUUAAAAACAGUUAUUAUACUACAAAAUGACAAGUAAAAUAAGAUGACUUCAAAGUCCGGGCUUUCCAUUUAAGGCCAAAAUUGCUCUAGAGAAGAAACUGUUCCUGAGACGGCUCGUUCUUGCCUGCAUUGUUCUAUAUCUCCGUCCUGAUGGCAGGAGCUGAAAGAAAUGGUGACCAGGGUGCGUUGGAUCUCUUGAUAUAUCUAGUGCUUUUCUAUGGCACCUGGUGGUGUAAAUUUGUUCUAAGGUGGUGAGUGAGCAGCCAAUAAUGCUCUCUGCUGUUUUAAUAAUUAAUCAGCAGAAGACAGCAUUCACUCACAGUUCUCUCAGUUGCCACCCACAGCUUCCACUCCUCCAGCUUGGAUGUCUCUUUCACAUGAAGUACGUAUUUUGUAGCAGAGGUAAAAUCUUUAAAAACAGGCACCUUGGAUGAAUUUGCGCAAUAAACGGGAUGCACUGUUCUAGUGCAUAUAAAUAGGUUGGCAAACAUAUAUUUAGCCCUGGAGAGAGAAGAUUGAAUGGGAACACCAUCUAUUUAAACUAUAAAAUUGCAGGAGGCAGCUGUUUACAUCAGCGUCUGCCAUAGAUCAACAUAAUUAGAUCUACUGCUUAUGCUGUCCAGCUCUUAUGUCAUAGACCAGAGGCUGCCAACAUCCAGUUGUUGUUGGGCUACAACUCCCAUCGGCCCCAGCCAGCAUAAGCAAUUGUCAAGGAUGAUGGGAAUUGUAGUCUAUUGAUAACUUGAGGGUCACGGGUUUCCCACCCCUGUCCUGGAGCCAGUAAUCACUGGAAAGCUCUUAAGGCUGAUACAAAAGUAUUAUUUCAUAAUGAUGUGGGGCUGCUGAGAUGGUACAAUGUGGUAUGCAGAGAGCCAUACCCCAGAUGUCCACUUUGACAAGUAACAUAUGGUGGAAAUGAAUUUGUCUGUGUCUUCUGCAUCUGCCCAUCCUGAGCAAGAACUAUCAAAUAACCCUGAGGCAGCAUCACUCUAGUUCACUGAGGGACAUUUAUAUGGUGGAUUUGAUCUGCCUGCUGAUGACUGUGGUGUGGCUCCCUACCACUACCAGGUACCAUUACCAGGUAAACUCCUCAGAACAGGUGAGGAUGCAUCAGAAAGCCCUUUCCCCAAAACCUACUUAAACAUGAAGCUAGAGAAUGAGCUGCAGCACUAGUAAGAGGCAAAUGGCAGAUUGGCUCAGCACCUCUUGAGCUGCCCAAUAAAUCAUAACCAAUCUGCCCAAUUUUAAAAGAUGAGUUUGGCCUAAUUAGGCAGCUUCCAAUUUUGCUGAAAAGUAAUGGGGAACCUCAUUCCAGAAGCCAAAUAGAAGUCAUUAAAGCACAACUUCAAACGCCUUACCAUCUGUUCACAUAGGCCAGUUAAUGAUCUGGCACUCAGGCUGCUAGAGGCAGAUGAAAUGGUGAAUUCUUCUUCCGACUGCUCACUUUCCAGUCUUCCUAAAAUAGCUCCGGUUUUAACAGGGGGUCCCAGACGUUGCUUUUCAGGAGCUUGACACACACAGUAACUCAGUAGUUCUGAACACCUGCAAGCACCUGGUGUCACUGAUGGGAGAGACAUCAUCUGCUUAUCCCGGGACUCUCCUAAAGUAACAUCCUGCAUCUGUGUAUUGGCAGGAUCCUCAAUGGCAUAGCUGUCCCCUUCUUCCUCUGAAGAGAAGAGCUGGUCUAAAAAAUGGUGUGUACUUUGGUUUCUGACAUUUCCAUCUGUAGUCCUAGACCUAUUCAUAGUUAAACUUGGUGGUACAGCUUCAUCCAUUUCCUGGCACACUUGAUACAGAAAAUGUGAUUCACGCUGGACCUCGGGGAUAUGGUCGUUGUUCUCAUCCUCUUGAAGACCUGCCACAAUCCCAGGGGAUAUAUUUGCAUCUUCAGGGCUUCUUAGGUUUUGCAGGCUACAACUUUCCAAACCAGGGUGUUCCCAAGCAGCGGUGCCAGGAAUGAACUCCUCUUGAAGUGUUUGAAAAUGAACCUGGCGGCAUUCAGGGUUCCUUGAUACUAAAUCACAGCACUUUUGCUCAUUUUGAGGCCAGUCACUUUCAGUGUUUUCCACAAGCUUGCUUUUCUGAUCAACUUGGCUGUGUAUUUGAUUGCCUUGCCCUGUAAGAAACCACCCAGAAAUCGGUGUGGGAUCAUAUUGCUUCUGAGUCUUUUCUCUGGCCAUUAAACUCUGGAUACUUAUCACUUCAGCUGUCAAUUUUGCAGAAUAUUUUGUGCUGCAUCUUUUUUCUUCUUGAUUACUUCUGGAACUCUGGAUCGGUCUUGUAUUCAAAAACUUGCUUGCUGGAGAGCUCUUAACUUUUGGGACUGUUUCAGUGGGUCUGAGAGAUGACUCUUGCCUUUUGAUUUUAAGUGGUUUAUUGGAAGGUCCAGCAGAAUUCUCUGCAAUUUGCUGAGUGGGUGAAAAAUUCUUCCAUUGAGCAUUUGACUGCUCAUCUUGGUGUUCAGAUAUUGCUGAGGAGGAUCUGCUUCUAAGUAUAUCUUUCCUAAAUGCUUCGUUUUGUCCAGUUUGCAAAUAUAGAGCUACGGACCUUCUAUCCUCUGAGCUUAUAUCACUUGAUUUAGGGGGAGUUUUCAAAAAAGGCCUGUUAGAUUUCUUAGAGUUGUUGGAAGUGCUUGAAGUUUCAGGCGAUCUCUUCACCUCUUUCCAUUUUUUCCCUUCGCGGUUUCGUUUAACCCUGAAAGACACCAGAAAAUGAAAACAUUUUAAAAUCCCAUUAGCAUUUUUUUUUUAAAGAAGGACUUAUUGAGAAGCCAGGAAAUAAAUUAGAAGAUCAAAGCUGCAGCCCAACAAAAAGAAGCAACCCUACACAGUAUUCACAUUACACUGAGGCCAGAAAUAAGCCACUGCUAUUCUGGUGUAAUAGCCCCAUAUCCAAUGAUAUUAAGCCCAGGAGGGGGAGAAACUCACAACCAGAAUAUAUGAAAAAGAUGUUUUAAAUGUAUCUGACACAUCCUUGGUAUCUCUAGAAAAACCGCCAUAGCUCAACCAAUCAUUCCCCCUUCCCCAACACGCAAAGGUGGCCAAUGAACUUGUGUCAAGGGCACCCCACAUCCUUGCAUCAUUCCUCCUCUCUCUCACACACAAGAUAAUGCCACAGCGCCCCCACUCAUCUCGGCAGUGCUAAAAGGUCAACUUUACGUGGGAAGGGGGAUGCUUGUGUUGCACAAAGUUGACACGAGAUCUUCAUCAGUCAAAGGAAAAUCUAUCAUUCUGACCCCACAGAAAUGAGCAAAUACCAACACUAAUAAAACUGUAGAAUCCCUUCAUCAUGUCACCUCAAUGAAAAAGCCUAACAGUCCCAGAGAUGGCUCGUCCACUGCUAAAAGGAAGAGAUGCCAGGGCAAUUAGGCGCCCAGAGAAAACUGAUCCAUCAGCUGCAAGGGAAAGGAGGAGGUGGGAAUACUUUUCUGAAAGACAAAAAGCAAACAGAAAGAAAGAAGAUGGAAUCUCAGGAGGAUAGGAAUCAUCAUUGGGCAUGUGAAAUGGUUAGUCUAGGGAUGGAGGAGACAUUUGAUUCAUUGUGCAUUUAAAGCAUAAUAUGCAAAGCAAAACACAGCCAUCCUUUAAAAUCCACACUUACCCUAUUCUAGGGGUGCAUUUCUCCAGCUAACCAAUGUUUACCAUAAUGUGGAUAAAAAUGAAGGCAUUAGUGAUUAAAAAAAACAUGCACUAGGGGGAAAUGCUUGCAAAACUGCACAUUAGUCAUGUAAAAUGUGUUUUUUAGGAUAAAUUUGCACUAGAAUGCUGGUGAGCUUUCAUGAGGAUUUAAAAAUAAAAUAAAAUAGCAAAUUGCUGCUAUUUUGUGAAUAACUAAAUUAAAGUUUGGAAAAAUGAGAAACUGGUAGAAAUGGACAAAUCCUUCCACCCCUGGGUUUGACUGUAUGGAAUUUAGGGCAAAGGUUUCUUUCAAGAUGCCAACUGGCAUGUCACCAAGCUGUCAUACCUUCUUGCUUCAUCUUCGUGAGAAUGUGUGGAGGAAAGACAUGUCUUCCUGCCACUGUCCAGACUUGGAAUGUUUUUUGCUUCUUUUCUCUUUGGGGAUGAAAAGAUUUCUUGGGUUGUUCCCAUUUCUCUGGGAGAGGCUUCAGAAGUCUGGAGAAAGAGAAUCAACAUAAAUUCUUGAGAAAUGUGUUUUUUAUCCGUUGAGUUUGACAGAGAGAUGUGUUCACAAAAGCUGCCCCUAUCUACUCUCAACUAAUUCUAGAAGUAAAGUAGCAGAAUUAUUGCUGGGAGAUGUUUGCUAGAACGCAAAAAAAAAGUUAGCUGACUUCUUCUUCUUCUUCUACGUAAAGAGCAUAAAGGAACAGUGACAGAUUUUAGGGGUAAUGCUUAAGAAUUUAGUCAAUCUGUGAAAGAGGGUGACUUGAUACACACAGCAGCCACGAUUAGCUUGGAAGCCGAUGUAAUGAGUCUCCGUACUUCUGGUGUCAUACAUGGAGUAGUAGUUCUAUGUAGUCUGGAGGGGGUGCUCUGCAGCUUUUCCUGCCUGAUGAAAAACAAAGGUACAGUGAAUUAAUGCCAAGAAAAAUGCCGAUAUUUACAACAAGCAGGCCCAGCUCCAAGUUUUGGGGGCCCUGGGCUGAUGAGGGUGGGUGCCUGGCACUGCUGAACAGAGCUGGGGAUCGCAUACACAAACGCACCGCUGGAGCUGCUGGCUGCUCACUUGCUUACAAGUGGUGGCUCUGGAGAGGUGCUGAAUGGAGCUAUGAGCCUUCACAUGUGCAAACUCCCUGACAGGGACAUAAGAAUCUGCCUUAUGCUGAAUCAGACCAUUGGUCCAUCUAUCUUAGUACUGUCUACACUGACUGGCAGCAGCUCUCCAAGGUUUCUGGCAUAGGUCUCUCCCAGCCAUACCUGGAGAUGCUGGAAGUGAACCCAGGAUACCUUCUGCAUGCAAAUCAGAUGCUCUAUCACUGAGCUGUUACACCCCUUCCCUGAUGCCACUGGCUUAAAUAUGAUAGUCUUCCCCCUGAUGGGCACGUGUUGGGGGCAGCAUAAUAAAGGUGGCAAGGCUGUAGAAUCUGUGUAUGCAGCUCACAACUCUGCUCAGUGCUGUCCGCAGCUGGCACUAUGGGUGGGCAAGAGGCCAGCUAGUCACAGUCCUGGGCCAGGCAGGUCUGCAGUGCCUGCCUAUUUCCCCCAAAUGCUUGCAGGCCCCCCAAUAUAGCAUUGCUACAAUCAGUUGGGAAUCAGUUGGGAAUGAGAGUGACUACUUCUACAACACCUAAGCCUGUGCUUCUCUCUUCAGUACUGAAUCCUAAAUCU